CGUCCACCACGUUGAGUCUUUCUCAUUUCGUCUCUGUGAAGCCCAGGAAACCCAACAAACUUCCCUGGCGAGCCUCGUGGCUUUUGAGCCAAACUUCGGCCAACUCUGACCACCACACGGCGCGUUUGAGGUCUCUCGACGAAGAUCCAGGCCUCUCAUGGAUCUUCUCCUGGACCUCCUAGGCCUUCCCCUCAAUUUCUUCGUCGUCGUCGAAUCCAAAUCACCAACUUGUUAGGGUUUGCGCAGGUUGUGAUGAUCAUGAAUGGUUUCCACCAUGCGUUGGCUGUCUAACAUUACCUUCUCUUCUUCUUCUUCUUCUUCCUCCUCCUCGUCGGCGAAAGGGGAGUCGCCGAAAAAGAAGGCCAGCGAUGACGGGGGAGGCUGGAUGUUUCGGUCGAGGAGGAAGCUUACCCAACAGAGGAAGCAGCUUUUGAUCGGUAUUGGCGGUGGAAACCAGGAAGGUGGAGGAGGUGGAGUCAUCAAUAAUCAUAAAUGCUCGGGUUCGAGUUCGCCGUUUCCGGAAACUACGUCGGGGGCAGGGACUCCUCAGCCGCUGCCAUUGCCGGAAUCGGCCGCGGAUUCGCGAUGCAAAGAGAGGUGCCGGAGAGAGAGGUGCUCCGGAUGCAGUUCCGGCGAUUGUCGAUUGCCCUCUCCCAAGGCCCGUGACGCUACCUCCUCCAACACUUCUAUUCAGAGUGUGUUCGCUCGCCGGGAAACGCGAAAGAAUAACGAGCAUUGUUUUGAACCUAGGUCAAGGUCUACAAGGAGGAAUCGAGGUCGGAAUGGUUUAGGGAGCUAUCCUAGCGACUUCCGGCUUGAUGUUCCGAAACCUACUUGGAGUGCUCCGGCUAGUCCUUUCUCAAGUCCUACAUUCAGCCCGCACAGACCCAGUGCUGGUGAUCUGCUCCCACACCUUGUUCCUGUUGGAAAUCAAGGCUGGUCUGGCCCCGAGAUGCCCACUUGCGAUGUGCCUUCUGCGCACCCACCCCCUUCCUUCUCCGAAUACUCCAUCCAGAGCAAUGAUAAUUCCCCUCUACAAAGUCCAUCCAAUAGAAGUCCCUGCCGAAAUGUCAGAAGCCCACCAGGUUCAACAUCGCCAUUGCAUCCAAGAUUACCACUUGAAGCCCCCACUGUGCGGCGUGAGGUUAAUGGUUAUGCUGAAGUCCAUCCACUGCCUCUGCCUCCUGGAGCAAGUCUUAGCCUACCAUCACCACAAGCUAUACUCACACCUAAACCAGAGUCCCAGCCAGUCAAAGGUCAAUGGCAAAAGGGAAAGCUUAUUGGACGUGGCACGUUCGGAAGUGUUUAUGUUGCUACCAAUACAGAAACUGGAGCGUUAUGUGCAAUGAAAGAAGUCGAGUUAUUUCCUGAGGACCCAAAAUCUGCAGAGUGUAUAAAGCAGCUACAGCAGGAAAUCAAAGUUCUCAGCCAGCUGAAGCAUCCUAAUAUUGUGCAGUACUAUGGAAGCGAAAUAGUUGAUGAUCGAUUUUUCAUCUAUCUGGAGUAUGUCCAUCCUGGUUCUAUCAACAAAUAUGUCCAUGAACAUUGUGGAGCCAUAACAGAAGCUGUUGUUCGUAAUUUUACUCGCCAUAUUCUCUCUGGGUUGGCUUACUUGCACAGCACAAAGACAAUACACAGGGACAUCAAAGGGGCUAAUUUGCUUGUCGAUUCAUGUGGAGUUGUCAAGCUAGCUGACUUUGGAAUGGCAAAACAUCUUUCGGGACACGUAGGUAAUCUUUCUCUAAGGGGAAGCCCGUACUGGAUGGCUCCAGAGCUGAUGCAAGCUGUGAUGCAUAAAGAUAGCAGCUCUGAUCUGGCUCUUGCUGUUGAUAUAUGGAGCUUGGGUUGCACUAUUAUUGAAAUGUUCACCGGAAAACCUCCUUGGAGCGAGUACGAAGGGGCUGCAGCCAUGUUUAAAGUUAUGAAGGAUACGCCACCAAUUCCUGAAACAUUGUCACCUGAGGGUAAGGAUUUCUUAAGAUGCUGCUUCCAAAGAAAUCCUGCAGAAAGGCCAACUGCUGCCAUGUUAUUAGAACAUCGAUUCUUAAAGAACUCACAGCAGCAAGAUGCCCCGCCUGCCGCCCAGGCAUCUAAUGGGGUGAAUUACGCGGAUAAACCUCUGAGUCCAAUGGAACUUGAAAGAAAAUUUGAUCAGUCGCUGGUGAUUCCGGCCAUACUUGGAUCGCAGAGCAGUGCAUUCCCGAUUUGGUGAUUGCUAAGCCUGAGGGUCCAGCCUUUUUCUCCAGUGACCAACAUUUUUGUGUGAAACUUCCGACUUAAAGUGGCCUCCUGAUCUUCCCCUCAUGUUAACCUUGAGGCGUUUCCUGGAUUAAUCUCCAGCAAAGUUUGCAAUUCAAAUACCACAUCCCUCCUGUGGACACUCUGUGUUGUGCCAACCGCCAUGCUGAAACGAAUAACAUUGUCAAACGGCUGGUGGAAAGGGGAAUGAUAGCUGCCUUCCUGUCCAUAGUUCUGCAGAGAAGCGGCUCCCGAAUUGUAGGCGUACUGGAUGUGAUUCUGGUGCGUGACUCGCAGCCAUUGAGUGUUUUGUAGGUUCUUUCCAUCAUCCAUUUCGAUGGUGGAAGUUUAUCUUGCCCUGGGAAUUUGGCAGCCGUUUUUGUAUACAAUUAACUAAUUUUAAAGCUUCAGCAGGAGAAGUCUUUUAACAAGGCAACGCUUUCGCCUCCAUGUACAAUUUGGUGGACUCAAAAACUGGUGUCUAUAUAUCAAAAGGGAUCAAAUUAUUUU